GGACGGAGCGAGCGAAGGGGCAGGCAUGGAGCCCCCCCACCUCUCCAUCAAACAGGAACCCCUGGAUUCAGGAGAUUCCACGUGUCCAGAUUCCCAACAUAGCGGCGAAUCAAGCUCCGGAUGUCACUUGCGUCCCGCCGGGAACGGUUUGCUACGAGGGAUUACCAAAAAGGACCCCAUGUCCCUCUUGGCCGGAGGACGCAAAUACUCGGACCAUUGCGAAGCCCGUGCUUCCAGGCCUGGCAAAAGCCGGAUUCCCGGGCGGGAUCACCGGCGGUAUUACCAUGAGCACUGGCGGGCCGAAUACCUGAUGGAUUUCAACGCGGCCCGGCAUGGCAUGAUCUGCAUGGUUUGCGGGAGCUCGCUGGCCACGCUCAAGCUGAGUACCAUCAAAAGGCACAUCCGGCAAAAGCACGCCUACUCCCUUACCUGGAGCGCCCAGGAGAAGGAGGUCAUCAUGAACAGUUGGGAUGCACACCUGGGCCUGGAGAUGGAGGCGGAGGGGGCACGCGAGUCUGCCAAAGGAUCCGGUGCGCCCACGGUGGAUCACGCAGAGCUCUCCCUGGACGGAGGCCGCCGGAGAUGCCGUGGGCCGGCUCCUCUUCCCUCUCGUGGUGGACGCCGGCCCUCCGGCCUCACCCUGAAAUCUUCCUCGGAGGGCGAAUCCCAGAGCCUGGAGCAGUAUCUGAAGCAAUCGUUGCAGAGCUGGUUCCAGUCCGAAUUCCUGAUGGAUUACGACCCCCAGGGCAACCGUCUCUUCUGUAUGAUGUGCGGCUCCUCCCUGCCCAGUUUGAACCUGGACGACAUCAAACGUCACGUGAUGGAGGCGCACCCCACUUCUCUCGGCUUCAGCCCUGCCGAGAAGGGGGCUAUCUUGGAGGCCUGGAACUCUCGAGAGUUGGUGCUGGGAGCCGAGGGGAGAAACGCAGAGGACGCAGAAACCGACAUGUCUGCCCGGCAGGAUCUGAGCACGAAGGAGCUGGAUUCUUCGGCUUCCCCUGAUCGCCCCAUGGCAGAGGAAGGGACGGACGAGGCCGGCCCCUGGGACUCGGAAGGGAGCAGCCCUCGCGUUGCGGCCCGUGGCCGAGACCACCGGCGGUACUUCCAGGAACACUGGAGGGUGGAGUACUUAAUGGACUACAACGGGGUGCGCCACGGGCUGGUGUGCAUGGUUUGUGGGAGCACCCUGGCCACGCUCAAAAUGAGCACCAUCAAGAGGCACAUCCAGCAGAAGCACCCCGACUCCACGCAACUUAGCCACCAGGUCAAAGCUCUCAUCGUGCAGGAGUGGAACCGGAAAGUGGCACGACUGACGGACGCCGACGACUCCCCGCCGGAAACGGAUGCGGAGGUAGACCAAGCCGAAUCGCGACGUGUUUACAAGCCACCUGCAUCUCCAGAGGAUUCUCCGGAGGAUUGGGCCACCCCUAAGAGGGAGGAAGACACCCCCGGAGCAGACAGGCUGGCCCUGCCCCAGCCGUCUCCAGCGGCUGCCUCCUCCACGCCAGCUGGGACCCUAUCUCGGCGGAGUCAGCGCCGAAACUACCAGCCCCGCUGGCGGGUGCAAUUCCUGAUGGACUACGACGAGCAGAAACACGGUUUGAUCUGCAUGGUCUGCGGGGGUACACUGGCCACCCUCAAAGUCAGCACCAUCAAACGUCACAUCUUCCAAGUGCAUCGGUUCUCUCUGGAAUACACUGAGCUGGAGAAACAGACAAUCCUCGAAGCUUACGGUGAAAACGUGCGAGUCGCCAGGCGCGGCAGGGCGCCGGGUCCAAAGGCGGCCGUUGCAGGCCUCGAUUCCGAAACUCAGGAUGUUAAGGCCAACGUGGAAGAGGCAGGGAAAAUGGCCUUGGGUUACAAACGCUCGGUGUGUGCGGUUUAGCCGAAUUGGCUGCGGAACAAUUGGGAAAACGGUGAAUGAGAAGGUUUCUACUUUCCUCGUGCGUCUUCUGCUGCGGACAGCAGAGAAGGUCGAAAUGUUUCUCGGAGAGCUGCGACUGGAACCAACGCUUGCGGAGGCCCCCAAAUAUUCUUUUCCUUCUUGUCCAGAGAAUUUGUUUAAUUGCAUGUUGUGUUCCAGAAGCAACAAUAUAUAUAUAUUUUUCUUCUCUCCCUGGGCCUCUGGGCUGCAGAGAUUUUGAGUUGGAAAACUUGGGGCGCCAGGAGCUUAUGGUACAUUGAGAGCUGGGAAAAAAAAAAACAACCAAACCAAACGGGAAAAAAAAAUGGAAUCGAAAACAAGAGAUGGACUUAUCUUGAAACUGUAACUGUUGGGGGGGAAAAAUAGUCUUGCGAGCCGCUAAAACUUUCACGCAUGGCACUCCUUCUCCCGCGACGUUGCUUCAGGAAGGCACUUAAUAAGGCUGGUAGAUUUUGGUUUCGUUUUUAUUUUUUCGAACUCUUGCAUUGCGGUAUUUAGAGGUACAUGCCAGCCCGUGGCAGAUCCGCAGGCCGUGACAAGCUUCGGUGGCCAACCAGUUUGGGAAAACGGUAACAGAGUUGGAAGGAACUUGGGAGGUCAUCUAGCCCAACCCCCAGCUCACGCAGGAGACCUAAAACCUCCUUGCCUUACCAGAGUUGUCGCUCAGGGUUAGAAAGCAGCUGUUGUAAGCAAGGUGGGGCGUAAGAACCCUUACCUGGAACCCAGGUGGCGUGGAGCCUGGUGCGGACGGGCCCUUCCGCCUUUUUCGAUUUUCCUUUUUUUUAAAAAAGAAAAAGAAAAAAAAAUGGGGAAGUUGCAUGCCACAAAACCCAACAAGGAAUUUCCUCUGGAAUCGUUUUAUUUUUCCGCUUCCUGCCUCGGGAAUGUCUUCAUGGCAAAGCGUUAGAAAGGAAGAGGGAGAAGAGGUGGGGAAGAAGGCGCGGAGGAAAACGUUGGCCGGCCUGCAGUGGGAAGCGGAACUGGCGUUGGGACAUUGGAGGGAUAAUUAUUAGCACAAGGCACUGCGGAGUGGACGGUGCUUAUUUUGAAAUAAGCAAGCUUUCGGUUUUGCGACAGUAACACCGUGCAAUAAGCAAGGCCUUUUUAUUCCAAAGCCUACCGUACCGGAUGAAAUCCUCCCAGGAAAUGAUAAACUCUGUUUCUCCUGCGCCCCCCACCCCCAAAGCUGAAUAAUGGCGACUGUACUGCACCCCAGAAUCGGUGGGGGGUGGGGGUGGGUGGGGGAGGCCCUGGGCUUAGGUGGCGUCACUUAAGGAAAAUCCCGGAGAAAAAAAAUUGAGCCGAGUUUGCAGUUUUCUCUUGGAGUUGCACUUAAAAGCACACGUAGAAGGAGUUGACACAUCACAAGAUAAAUCAGUGGAUUUUGUGUUUAGUUACCAUGCCAGGCAGAGAAGGGGGAUAGUUCACAUGGUUUCUUCCAUGAAGAAUGUAAUUUUUCCAAUAUAUAUAUAUAUA